AUGGAUAGGUCUGGCGAAGGUGGCGCUGCGGCAGUUGCUUGCGCCGAGAACAUAUCACUAUUGCAUCUUUUGAGCAAGCGUCAUCACUACCCCCAGCUCAAUCAGCCAUCAUCGAACCCUAUUGAAGAAAAGGAGAGAACGCUGCAGUUCAGUAGAGAGCGAAGUUUAUGCGGCGCCUUUGCGUUCCUGGCCAGCAUCGAUGGAAAUCCGGACUUCGUUCCGGCUGUCUACAUUGAAGAACGAACUGAACAACGCCGUUUGGAAAUUGUGGUGGCCGUAAACAAAAAGAGCCCGAACAAUGGUCAAGAAAUUUUGCUGGAUAUCAAGCAUGGAUUCGAACAGAUUUUCCAGCAAUUAAAGGGUCUUGACGGCAAGUAUUGA